AUGCUGCUUCGCAGCGCCGAAGACUGGCUGAACAUGACCUUCGGCGUGCGGCCGGAGGAUGUCGCGACAUACCACCCAGUCUUCAAGGACGCGCUCCUAUCGUCCGUGCGUACUAAGCUUCGUUACCCAGGCCUUCCUUCGCCGCAUUGCCCCGCGAACCAGACUCUUUGGCCGCUACCCGCUUCGAUUACUGUCGGAUCGCAACCGCACCGACCCGCCGAUUCCAAGGCUUCUUUCGAGUUAGAGGAGUCGCAAGUCGAAGUUUCGUUACAGGCGACCUUUUCGAGUCCGAGGGAAGUCGGGAAUCAGGAGAAUGACGCCGAGCCUGUCUCGCCGCUCACGCCGCCGUCGCCCCAAACUCCCACCUUCUCUCCGCCGGUCUCCUUCUUCUCCCCGCGUCUUUCCGCGCACUUCCGCCCGCUCCUCUUCUCUCCGUUCACCUGCGGAACCUCCUCGCCGCCCGGCUCCCCUUCCACGUCCUCGUCUCGCCACCACCCUUCCAGCAGCGACGCUCUCCUCAAAUCCCAGUCCCGGGAUCUCCCCUCUCCCGCUCUCGAUCCCCCAGAACCGCUUCUGCUGACGCCUCCGUUCCUCACGCCGCACGACGUGGGCUUUCCUGAUUCAGCGGCGGCUGGGGGGCGAGCCGGCGGGGCCGGCGCUUGGAGGAAUACAUGGGGGGAAAGCGCGGAAGAAGGGGAAUCAUCUUCGAAAUUUUUUUCCAGGAAGAGCUCCCGCAGUGGCGGCGGCGGCGGGAGGAAGGUGCGCGGACCAGUAGGCCGCUUGCUAUUCGAUGACGAGGGGGACGGGGACGAAGGGCGGAAAUGGGAGGGUCGGAGGGAAGCGAAUUUCGAGGUGGAUUCGAAAGAAGAGUCCAGUUUGAGAGAUUUGCAGGUCACGAAGGGCAAUUUGCAAGAAUGGACUUUUAUUAGCGGGGGAAAAUUGCACGAGGGGGAUGUGAGGCUCGCGAGGGACGACUGCGCGUCGUCCGCAUCUUCCGAGUCGCCGUUUUCGCCGCGUGCACCGGCUGCAGACGCAUCGGCGGCAGGGAAAGCUACGAGCGGCCGGCCGCGGUUCCUGGGUGGACACGUGGCCGCAGCGGAUAGGUGCCGGGUGCUUGCGGAAGAGACGGCGCGGCUGGAGGACGAGUACGAGGUGGGGAGCGGCUGGGCAGCGGGCACUUCGGGUGCGUGCGGGGAGGACAGGGAGGACGUGCGGCGGGAAGUGGCGGUGAUGUGCGUCGUGGGUGCGGGCGGAAAUGUUGAGGAGAGGGCGGGCGGCGCGGGGAAGACGGCAAAUGGGGUAAGGGAGACGGAUUCUGACGGGGGAGCGGAGGGUGGACCGGAGAACGGUACGGAAGGCGGAGGGGAGGGCGGAGCGGGAGGCGGAGGCGGAAGCGGGUGCGUGCGGCUGCACGGCGUAUUGGAGGACGGCGCGGCGGUGCAUCUGAUCAUGGACCUGUGCGCGGGGGGCGAGCUGUUCGACGCUGUCAUCGCGCGCGGACGACUCGCGGAAGACGAGGCCCGCCACGUCAUGGCGCAGGUGGGUCGUGGCGCAGGUGGGUCGCGUGGCGCAGGUGGGUCGUGGCGCAGGUGGGUCGCGUGGCGCAGGUGGGUCGUGGCGGCUUCUCUCCUGGCAGCUUGUCGCUCCAUUCGCGUCGCUUGCCCGUUGAUGCUGGCGACCUCAAGUACCAUGACUUAUGAUGAAGGUCGUAUCCUGUCUCCCUCGACGCUCGUUGCCCCCUCCGUCACACCUUCCCCACCUCACCUUCCCCCUCUGUACCCCUCAUCAGGUGGCAGCAGCAGUGCGGCACUGCCACGCGCUGGCGAUGAGGCAAAGGAGCUGGUGGCGUGGAUGCUGAGGCGGCGACCGGAGGAGAGACCCACGGCGGAGCAGGUGCUGCUGCACCCUUGGAUGCAAAGGAGAGGCACGGGAGGGAUAGGUGCAAGGGACGGUGGGCAUGGUGUGAGGGCGCGUGGGGAGGGGACGGGUGGAGGGAGGGGUGUGAGCGGGACGGAAGAGGAUUGUGAGGUGCAUAGUAGGGGGGCCAGCGGUGAUGGGGAUGGCAGCAGUGCUGUCUCCGGCGACAGAGCCAGAUGCAACAGCGGAAACAACAGCAGCAGCAUCAGCAGCAGCAGCAGCGGCAGCAGCCGCAUUGGAGAAGUCACAGAAAGCAGAAGUGAAUCGGGCGCCUCUUCUCCUCCUGUCCCUGCCCCUCCUCCUCCUCUUCCUCCUCCUCCUCCUGCUCAUAAUCCCCAUGCUACCACUGCCACCAACCUCCUCCAUUCCGGGCCCACCACCCUUGUCUCUCUCCUUCGCUCCCCGUUCUCCUCCCCACGCGACCCUUUCUCCUUCCCUCACUCUCGCCUCCAACCAUCUCCGGACCCAACACCAGGUGCAGGAAACUCCACUAGAUCUGCACUGUCCCCGUCCCCUUUACAAGGUGCUGCGAUACAAGGGUGUGUUGAGCCGCCAGUGCUGCACGCCCUGUUGGGUGGUUCCGGUCCUGAACUCGGAGAAGAGUCUAGUGGGGUGGUGGGCGGUACAGGGGAAGAGGGAGGGGUUGAAUGGAGUGGAGAUGUGGCUGUCGUUCAGGAGGAGGCGAUGGUGGAAUGGGGUAGAGGGGAGGUGAAGCGGAGAGGGGAGCAGGAGGAGCUGGAGGAAGCAGAUGGAGGGGAGGAUGUGUGGGAGAGGAUAGAGUUGUCUGAGAGUGAUGGGGACAGCUGCAGGAGCAGCAGCAGCAGGUGUGUGGGUGGUGGAUAUGCGAGUUGCAGUGCUGAUGCGAGUGAAGCAACUGUGAUGCAGGACUGGGGAGAGGUCCACAGCAGCCGGAUCGGGGAAGAAGAGUCGCAGGAGCAGCAGCCGGAGCAGCAAGAGCGGCAGCAUGGAGAGUUCGCCAAGAGCAGCGGGGACUGCUGUGGCAGCAGUGGAAGGAGUGAAACGUGUUCUACAGAGAGCCGCCGUUGUGGGAUAGGCGCAGCUGUGAUGGUCGAGGGAGGUGCGGUGGCGGAGGGUGCAGUGGUUGAGGGAGUGGCGGAGGGAACGGUGGUGGUGCAAGGGCAGGCACAUGACGUGGGAGACGAGUGGCCGCUGCUUCUGGUGGCCAUGCUGCCUCUCCUCGUCUCCGCUCUCACCACCUUGGCUCUAUCACACUAUGCAGGGCGGGUGGUGGCGCUGGUGAGUGCAGCGAGCAGGGGCAGCGAGGAGGCGUGGAGGGCGUUUCUCGCACAGCUCACAGAGACCAUUUUCUUCAUGGCCGCCACUGUGGUGCUGGGGGCAGUGGCCACCAUGGUGCGCACGUUCCUCUUCUCUUCCGCCAGUGAGCGAGUUGCGGCGCACAUCAAGACCAAGCUCUUCCGAUGCCUGCUCGCCCAGGACAUCGCGCUGUACGACAGUGUGAUCGUGGGCGAGGUGGCAAGGCGGCUCUCUUCCCCUCUCUCCCCGCGCACAAUCCCCUCCGCACCCCCACCCGUCUCCCCCCCCAGGACAUGGCACUUGCUGGCGCUCGUGGUGUUGGUGCCCGUGGCAGUAGCAGUGCGGCACUACAGUUACGCCAUUAGAGCCCUGGCUAGGGACGCUCAUGCCGCUGCUGGUACUGCCGCUGCCGUUGCCGAGGGUCUCCAGCUAGCCUUGCCGUGGGGGCAUACAGUCGCUCUCGUGGGGGCCAGUGGAGGGGGCAAGUCCACGCUGCUGUCACUAGCGCUGCGCCUGUACGAUCCCAGUGCGGGCCGCAUUUUGCUCGCGGGUGUGCCACUGCCUGACAUCGACAGCAACUACCUCCACUCCAAGGUGCCCCCCUCUCCGCCUGCACCUCCCUGCACUGCACCUCCUUGCACCCUCCUUGCACCCCCCUGCACCCCCCUGCAACCCCCCACCACUUUGAGACUUCUCAGAAGCUCUCCCCCUCCCCUUGUGCCAGGUGUCAGUGGUGUGGCAGGAGCCUCUCCUGGUAAGCCGUUCAGUAGCAGCCAACAUCAGCUAUGGUGUUACCACGCCCGUGCCCCUCUCCGCCCCUCCUUCUCCUGCACCCCCUUCCCUCUUCCCCCAGGUGUCAGUGGUGUGGCAGGAGCCUCUGCUGUGGUGUGGCAGGAGCCUCUGCUGGUGAGUCGCUCAGUAGCAGCCAACAUCAGUUACGGCGUUACCACGCCCGUGCCCCUCUCCGCCCCUCCUUCUCCUGCACCCCCUUCCCUCUUCCCCCAGGUGUCAGUGGUGUGGCAGGAGCCUCUGCUGGUGAGUCGCUCAGUAGCAGCCAACAUCAGUUACGGCGUUACCACGCCCGUGCCCCUCUCCGCCCCUCCUUCUCCUGCACCCCCUUCCCUCUUCCCCCAGGUGUCAGUGGUGUGGCAGGAGCCUCUGCUGGUGAGUCGCUCAGUAGCAGCCAACAUCAGUUACGGCGUUACCACGCCCGUGCCCCUCUCCGCCCCUCCUUCUCCUGCACCCCCUUCCCUCUUCCCCCAGGUGUCAGUGGUGUGGCAGGAGCCUCUGCUGGUGAGUCGCUCAGUAGCAGCCAACAUCAGUUACGGCGUUACCACGCCCGUGCCCCUCUCCGCCAUCCAACGCGCUGCCACCAUCGCCAACGCACACCACUUCAUCUGCGCACUACCGCACGGGUACGACACGGAGGUGGGGGAGAGGGGCGUGCGGCUGACAGCAGGGCAGCGGCAGCGCAUUGCCAUAGCGCGGGCAGUAUUGCUGGACCCACAGCUGUUGCUGCUGGAUGAGGGCACGGCUAAGAGCGAUCCAGACAGCGAGCACCUCGUGCAGGCAGCCAUGGACGAGGUAAUGAAGGGGCGAACCGUACUCGUGAUAGCGCACCGGCUGUCCACAGUGAAGGCGGCGCACACAGUGGCAGUGGUGGCGAGGGGGGAGGUGGUGGAGGAGGGCGGGCAUGAGCAGCUGGUGAGCGCAGGGGGCAUGUAUGCCCGCCUCCCCUCAACCCGCCUCCUCCGCCUCCUCGUACUCAUCUCCUUCCUCUCCUCCCUAUGCGCCCCCAAGCCGUGCAACCGGCACCGCUGGCUCUGCAAGGGCCAGGGUUGA